AUGCUGUCAGACAGUCGCUUAUCUUCGACACAGUAUUCCAAAUCCAACUCCCCCUUCCUCGUGCCAUGCCUCGACCGCGGCCCCACGGUGAUCAUCCCCCCGAGACAGCUGAAGAAAAUAUAUAAUCUCCCUACCAGCGUCCUGGACGUGUACGAGACACAGCAUGAGACCAUACAGUCCAAAUACACCAUCUCGGAUCACGAUGUCUGGAGGAAUAGUUACCAGAUCGAUGUCAUCCGCCACCAGAUGACUCGCAAUCUGAAGACACUCACGCCACCGAUUGCCACCGAGCUUGCUCUGGGAUUCGAUAGACAAUGGGGGUCCGAUACAGAGAAUUGGAAGGAGUUCCGGAUCUGGGAUUCAAGCUUGAAGUUGAUUGCGGGGGCCUCAAACGGAGCAUUUUGUGGCGCACCGCUCUGCCGGAAUCUCGAGUUCCUGGACAGCAUGCGUGACCACGCCAUGACUGUGUUUGUUGGUGCCAUGGCAAUCGGGGCUACCCCAAGCUUUGUGAGAUCCGUCUCAGGGAAGGUGGUUAGCUGGUUGUGCGAGUAUAGGUUUCGCAAGGUGCUCAAGCUUUGCCUGCCAUUUGUGAACGAGAGACUGGAGAACACGGCUAGGGCGAAAUCCGAUGCCGGAUUCUGUUGGACGCCACCGCAAGACGGUCUGCAAUGGAUCAUCGAGAAAGCCUACAAGACCAAGUCCAGCGUGGAGCUCGACCCCGUUCGUGUUGCUCGCCGUCUCCUGUACGUGAAUGACAUUUCCCUUCACUCGACAAGCUAUACCGUGCAAAACAUGAUCCUCGACCUCUACAGUUGCGAGCAGUCCGAAAGCCUUGUCGCCGACCUGCGAGACGAAUGCGCGUCCGCGCUGGAAGAGGCAGGGGGUUCGUGGACGCGAGCCGCGGUGGAAAAGUUGAAGCUAGUUGACGCAACGAUUCGGGAAUCCAUGAGACUAACGCCGUUUGCGUCGAUCGGACUCCCUCGCACCGUCAUGGAUCCCCACGGUAUCUUCCUCGAAAGUCCCAGUGGAAAGAUCAACGUGCCCCAAGGCACCGUGAUUGCUGUUCCCAUGGACCCGAUCCACAAGGACGAGACCAUCUACCCCGAAGCUCGCCGCUUCAACCCCCUGCGCUUUACACAGCCCGGCGCAGACCGCGACAUAUUCGAGCACUUCAACCCGGGCAAUGACAGGGAUACGCCGGCACCGCGCAAGGCAUCUUCAACCGCCACCCUGGACAACGCCUUCUUGGGCUUCGGCUUCGGGAGGUUUGCCUGUCCCGGACGGUUCUUUGCCCUGAACGAGCUCAAGCUGUUUGUAGCUCACAUGGUUCUCAAUUACGAUGUCGAGUGCCUGGAUCGCAGACCCGAGUUGACGGAUGUCAUCUGGCUGAAAGUGCCUUACAACGAUGGUCGGGUCAGAGUGCGCAGGAGGGCGACGGGAUGGAAGCCCAGGAAUUGA